AAAACAAACUGUCUCUUCGAAGGAGCCCAACAAAUCAAGAGACACACUCUCUCUCUCUCUCUCUCUCUCUUCAUUUUUCGCCAUUUCUGGAUCCAAAUCCACGCUCUCUCCAGUCUGGUGCGACAAUGAGCUGGUGGUGGGCUGGGGCGAUCGGCGCAGCCAAGAAGAAGAAUGAUGAAGACGAGGGCCCUGUCAAGUACCAGAGUGUCGCCCUUGUGGUUGGUGUGACGGGCAUUGUGGGCAACAGUCUAGCUGAGAUCCUCCCACUCUCCGACACCCCUGGUGGUCCAUGGAAGGUCUACGGCGUUGGUCGCCGCCCGUGCCCCAAAUGGUCUGAGGACCACCCCAUUGAAUACAUCCAAUGCGACAUCCUCAACCUCGAAGAAACCACUGCCAAACUCUCCCCCCUCACCGACAUAACCCAUGUGUUCUAUGUUACCUGGGCUGAUCGCAUCUCCGAGGCCGAGAAUUGCGAUGUCAACGGCCACAUGUUUCGCAAUGUGCUUGACGCCCUCCUCCCAAAUGCCCCCAACCUCCAACACAUCUGCCUGCAGACUGGCCGCAAACACUACCUCGGGCCAUUCGAAGCCAUCGGUCAUGUGAAGCCCCACGAGCCACCGUAUCAAGAGGACGUUCCGCGUUUGCCAUGCCUCAAUUUCUAUCACACCCUCGAGGACAUACUUUUUGAGGCGGCAGAGAAGAAGGAGGGGUUGACAUGGUCAGUGCAUAGACCUACUGUGAUCUUUGGGUUCUCGCCUUAUAGUUUGAUGAAUCUUGUUGGAAGCUUGUGUGUUUAUGCUGCAAUUUGUAAGCAUGAAGGCUUGCCCUUCCGCUUUCCGGGGAGUAAAGCACAAUGGGAGGGGUUCUCCGAUGCGUCAGACGCCGAUCUUAUCGCUGAACAGCAUAUAUGGGCGGCGGUCGACCCGCAUGCAAAGAAUGAGGCGUUUAAUUGCGCGAAUGGAGAUGUUUUCAGGUGGAAGCAAUUAUGGAAGAUUUUGGGUGAGCAGUUUGGGUUAGAGUUGGUAGAGUAUGAAGGGAAGGGGUUUAGUCUGGUUGAGGCUAUGAAGGAGAAGGGGCCUGUUUGGGACACCAUUGUUAAGGAGAACGAGCUCUCGGAGACAAAAUUGCAGGAGGUGGCGCAAUGGUGGUUUGCCGAUGUCAUGCUCGAUAAUGAGGGGGUGGGUUUGGAUAGCAUGAACAAGGCCAAGGAGCAUGGAUUCUUGGGGUUCAGGAACACACUGACUUCAUUCUCGUCGUGGAUCGAUAAGAUGAAAGCGCAUAAAAUUGUCCCCUGAUCUCACUUUGCAAAUCUCAGUUUGCAACAAAUAUGUCGAUAGAUGAUGGCGUAUGGAUGAAUGGAUCGGGAAAAUAUAUUCUGUUUUGGAAUCUUGUCUCUGUUACUGUUUGAUCGUCAGCUAAAACAGUGUCUUCUUGUUACCUACUUCAUGCAUUUUCUCUGUCCCUGUGAAAUUUGUUGUGGUUGAUUUGUUUGGUAUUGCAAUCCUGAUUAGAGAAGAAGUGCAAUUUGGUUUCUAAAUUUCUUUUGA